CCCAUUGGCCCUCUGCUUUUAAAAACCCACGUCCCUCCAGCCAAUCAGAUAACGAAAACACAGGACUACGUGCCAGCGUUGCUGGGUAGAUAAAACAAAAACAGCGUUCGUAUCAGAGUUUGGAGCUUGGACACCAGAGACGGUAUCAUCUGAAAUUCUUUGAUUUGCACGCAGUUCCGCUGCAUAAUAUACAUUUAACUUGAAACAUGGCAACUGACUGCGAGGCCUGGCUGAACGCAAACCCUGUCGAGGCUGAGAACCUGAGUGACUCCUUUGUAUCUGGUGAUGAAGACAACGGAGGAGCACCAACCUCCAUCAGAAACAUAAACAAUGAGAUCAACGGCAACUGGCUGUCCUCCUCCAGCAACAGCAUCCAUGAAGCGCGUCUGAAGGCCAAGGCGAAGAGGAGGCUGAGGAAGAACUCCUCCAGGGACUCGGGCAGGGGAGACUCUCUCAGUGAUAACGGAGACGCAGUCAGGGGAACCUCUGCGGCACCCACCAGCCCCAAGAGCAAACUGCUGGACAGAAAGUCUCGACUGGGCAAGGGCAGAGGCCUGCCAAAGAAAGGUGGGGCCGGAGGCAAAGGUGUGUGGGGUCGGUCAGGUGAAGUGUAUGAGCCAGAAGAAGUAGAUGUGAAAGACCCUAACUAUGAUGAAGCUCAGGAAAACUGUGUGUAUGAGACAGUGGUCCCCCCGCUGGAAGAGAGGGACUUUGAGAAGACAGUUACCCCCAUAGUGCAGGAGUACUUUGAGCACGGAGACACAAAUGAAGUAGCAGAGCUGCUAGGGGAGCUGAACCUGGGGCCCAUGCGCAGUGGGGUGCCCACGCUGGCUGUGUCUCUGGCCCUGGAGGCCAAGGCCAGCCACCGCGAGCUCACCUCCAGGCUGCUGGCUGACCUGUGUGGGCCCGUCCUGGCUCGCAGCGAUGUGGAGAACGCCUUCGACAGACUACUACGAGAGCUCCCAGAUCUGGUGCUGGACACACCCGGAGCCCCGCAGCUGGUGGGCCAGUUCAUUGCGCGGGCUGUCAAAGACCAAAUCCUGUCCAAGAGCUACAUCGAGGGUUACAAAGGCAGAGUUGACUGUGAACAUGCAAGGGCGGCGCUAGAUCGGGCAGCAGUGCUGCUGAAGAUGAGUAUGGGUGGUCUUCGCAUUGACAACCUGUGGGGGACAGGCGGGGGCCAGAGACCUGUCACACAGCUCAUCAAAGAGAUGAACCUGCUGCUGAAGGAGUACAUCCUGUCUGGAGACAGCAAGGAGGCUGAGAGAUGCCUGAGAGACCUGGAGGUUCCCCAUUUCUACCAUGAGUUUGUCUAUGAGGCAAUUGUCAUGGUCUUGGAAUCCAAAGGAGAAAAAACCUGCAAAAUGAUCCUGCAGCUACUGAAAUUCCUCUGUGAGUCCUCCAUCAUCACUGUGGACCAAAUGAGAAGGGGUUAUGAAAGAGUUUACAUGGACAUUGCUGAAAUCAACAUUGAUGUCCCCCGUGCAUACUUCAUUUUGGAGCAGUUUGUUGACAAGAGUUUCAGUGCAGGAGUCAUUGAUGAAAAGCUAAGGGACCUUUGUCCCUGUCGGGGCCGCAAGAGAUUUGUAAGCGAGGGAGACGGUGGCCGUGUGAAACUUGAAAGCUACUGAGCCCUUUUUGUGCCAGAUUUCCCUAAAAACAGGAGGAAAAAGCUACUUUUUACGUAACAUAUUUUGUCAUAAUAGUCGGGUACAACUUUUUCCCCUUCUAACAGUGAAAAGAAUGUACGUUUUUGAAAAAAGGGGUAGGGUCAAAUAAUGGCACUUUCUACUGAAACUUAAGACAAGUAGUAACUUUUUUUCCAAGGUGUUUCCAGGUGUAUAUACAUAUACAUAAGCUAACCCAUAAAGUGCCACACCUCUCAGUGUCAGUCAUUCCAUGUUAUUUUGUACAGUAUUUUCUUGAUUUCACUGCCACUCCUUUUCUGUUUUCUAGAAAGCAGUGUUUGUACAGAAAUGACUGGUUUGUGUUAAGAGCUUUAUAAUGGGGUAAAAUAUAAGGGGGCACAUUAUUUCUAAGCAAUACUGGCUCCCUAACUAGCUGCUGUUUUUAUGCUGUGCUUGACUUUUUUUUCUUUUACCCUUUAAAUCACACAAAGAUGUCAUUACUGAAGGCAACAAGACAUUAGUACAGUUAAAAAAAAAAAAAAAAAAAAAAACACCAGUUGGGAUAAUUUCACAAAAUGGUGUUCAGAGUGUUUA